AAAUUUAGUCGGUUUCAGUGCAUUGAUUUGAUAAGAAUUUUUAUUUUUUCUUCUUACUCAGAAUCUUCACGUUCUGGUUAGCAAUGAAAUUGCUUGAGAUAUUCUUAAUCGGAGCAUUUAUGUUGGAUGUUAGUCUCGCUCGACCAUCAAACUUCAAUAAACUGUCAAACUCUCAAAACGAUAUGCAAAUCUCUGAAAGACAAAUGAAUGACAAUUUAAAUCCGCAAUCGAAUCAAUUGAUAAAUCAAGACGAAAAUGAUUUAGUUUCACAUAAUUCGAAUGUUCAGGCAAUGACGGAACUAAGUAGUGGAAGCGAUUUUAAUGAUCAGUUGGGAAUUCAACAAAUUAAACAAAGAAGACGAACAACUUCUAACACACCAUCUGGAGUGCAACAAUUUAGUGGCGAUAAUCUUAAUCAACAAUCAAACAUUCAGAAAAUCGAUGCAAAUGCCCGAAGAACGAAUUCAAAUCCUCAGCCAAUGGUUCAACAAUAUGUCGGAAGAAACUCUGAUCGACAAUCUGAUCAACAGAUCAAUCAAAGACGACAGUUUGGUGUUAAUAAUUCAAAUAUGCAAAUGGAUUCUCAAAAUUUGAAUUCGCAAGACCAGGCAGGAAGUCAACAGGCAAACAAACGAAGAUAUUACGGGAAUCUUGCGACAGGACUUCAGCAAUCCGGAAAUGGCAACAAAAUUAAUCAAAACUCUGUAAAUAUGCAAUGCUACCCCGAUAAGAAUGGACGCCGUUCGUCGUCUUCUGAAUCGGAUGAAUGGGGCUGGUUGAGCCUUUUCUUUGAUGAAUAUCAAUUGAUUUGUAACUAGUUAAAUUCAUAAAACCCAAUUAAAUUAUUAGUUGAUAGUAAUCAACAAGAAAUUUUCAAUUAAAAAUUCUUUACAAAGCCAUUCAAUAAAAAAGUAAUCAGCAAUUUAAAAAUGUCCACAAAAAAAGAUAAUUACAAGAAACUUUUGGGUCACAAAUGCAAACUCGAAACUCGCAAUUUAAUUCAAUAAACAUUUUUGAAUUCCACAACACAACAACAGCCCGUAACCUUUUAACCAAGUUCAAUACCAACAAUUAUUUAAGCAACCACAACAAUAUCAUUUAAGCAACAGAAGGCUUUACAACUUGAAUAUGAGUUACAGUUGGAAAAUCCUUUCGGAAAAUUUAUGUGGAUAUGUGUUUAAAAACUGAUUAAUUGAUCUUUGGAAAUCUUUUUAUAACAUCUCAAUUUCAAGUUCCACUCUCUCAUUUUCUCAAAAUAUGAAACCAAAACAUUGAAGCUAAUUAAUUAAAGUUAAUUAAUGUUUGUUUUUGGCCAAUAAAUGUAAUAAAUGCAAUAUGUGUGUGAGUACG